CUCAAAGUCCACGUCAUACCGUCAAAGGUGGAGUCGAUGAGGACGAUGCUUCUGCUCGCUACGCUGGCGUCUACGACGUGGGCGCUCAAGAUGGAGCUGCACCGCCACGACGACAUGCUGCCCGUCAAGCGCGACCGGGACUCGCUGCGUCAGCUUCGCCGUCUCGACGAUGGCACGUACCAAGGCGUGCCUCUCAACCUGGGCAUGGGGACGCACUACGCCUGGAUCUAUGCUGGCAAUCCGCCGCAGCGCGCCUCCGUCAUCAUCGACACGGGCAGCCACAUCACGGCCUUCCCUUGCAGCGGGUGCCACGGGUGCGGACAACACACGGACACGCCGUUCGACAUUGCCAAGUCGUCGACGCUGCAGUACCCGCAGUGCACGGCGCGGCCACCGUUCAGCUGCUCGGCGUGCUCUCGGGAAAACCAAUGCCACAUCUCGCAGUCGUACACGGAGGGCAGUAGCUGGGACGCUGUCAUCGUCGAAGACCACGUCUGGCUCGGUGACACGGCGCCGACGCACAACGACGCGCUCAACACGUCGUUUGGCACACGCUUCAUGUUUGGAUGCCAGAAGAAGGUCACGGGGCUGUUUGUCAACCAGGUGGCCGAUGGCAUCAUGGGCGUCUCGGACACAGCCAGCACCAACAUUGUCCGGAAGCUCUACCAAGAAAAGAAGAUCCCAGCCAACGUCUUUUCGCUCUGCUUGACACCGAAUGGCGGCACGAUGGCGCUAGGGAGCGUCGAGACGGCGCACCAGCGCGAGCCGCUGCAGUACGCCAUGGUGUCGACGGCCAACAACGGGUGGUAUGCAGUCCACGUCGAGUCGCUUCGCCUCGGCAACAAGCCCCUCGACGUUGACAUUUCGUCCAUGAACUCGGGCCGCCACCGGGUCAUUGUCGACAGUGGCACGACCGACUCGUAUUUCCCAACCAAUUACGCAUCGAUAUGGAAUGCAGCCUUUGAAGCUGCGACCGGACAAGCGUACAUGACAGACGACGGCAGCUGCAAGGGGUAUGCUGCCGACGACGUCGCGUCGUUCCCGCCGUUUGAAAUUUCACUGCGCGGGAUCGAUGGCACCAGCUCGGCCAUCUUGCGCAUUCCGGCGUCGCAGUACAUAGUCGCCAACAACCAAGGCCAGCUCUGCAGCACCAUCUUCUUCACGGAAGCCAACGGCGGCGUCAUUGGCGCCAACAUGAUGAUUGGCCACGAGUUUGUGUUCGACUUGGACGCACAGCGCGUCGGCUUUGCGCCGGCCAAUUGCGACUAUCGCGGGCUGGAGCUCGAAACCAAGUUUGACGUGACGACGAAUGCCACGGCUCUGCCCGUACUGCCACACCCCACCAACUCGUCAAUGAAUGCGACGCUGGAUGUGUUGGUGCCCACCAAGCCACCGGUGGCGCCGCAGCUCAAGGGCGCGUCGACGCACGCAGCGUCAGCGCCGUUUGCGAUCGACUUUUCAAGCACGUUGUUUGUCUUUGUCGGUGUCGCGUGCGCGGUCAUCGUGCUCGGCAUUGCGUACCGGCUCGUCUACCGCAAGCGGUCGCGCGCCGACCAAUCGUGGACGAGCGUCCCGACGCUGCAGGACGAGGCCGAGGAAGAGGAGCAUCAUGGCGUGCUCCCCGACGAGGCCGAUGCCGACGCGCCCAAGCGCAACAGCUUGAGCGAUGACGACGACGACGAGUUUUUCGAUUCCGAAGGCUACGUCAUGUCGCCCCGCAGCCUCCGGAAAUGCAAGGAGGCGUUCGAGCCGUGAAAACAUCAUAGUGUACAUCGAUUGACUAAAUCUAAUGUCGUAGCGUACUAACUAGUGGAAGGCCCUAAUACCGCCGUGCAAGGUGCACGACGGUGGACGGGCCACCGCGAGGGGUCAUGUCGUCUUG